CCCACCACAGGCUAUCAGUCAGCUGCCUCGACGCAACACCGUCACAUACUUCCUCGCUUUCUAAUACUAUAAGGAUGGCACAUCACAAGCCUCGUAGCAUGCCCGUAGGGCAACGCAACGUCCUGCGGCCAAACGACUCGGCCUCACUGUGGAACUGCACACUCUCUCCCGGCUGGUCGCGAGAUGAAGCCGACAUACUCCGCAAAGCCCUCAUGCGCUUCGGAAUAGGCAACUGGAAGGAUAUCAUGGAGAGUGGGGCACUGCCGGGCAAGACGAACGCACAGUUGAAUCUGCAAACACAGAGGAUGUUGGGGCAACAGAGUACGGCAGAGUUCCAAUUACUCCAUAUCGACCCGCUUGUGAUUGGAGAGAAGAAUGCGCAAAUACAAGGGCCGGAUGUGAAGAGGAAGAAUGGGUUCAUCGUCAAUUCUGGAGGAAAGGUGACGAAGGAAGAGAAGCUACGAAGAAUUAAGGAGAACAAAGAAAAGUAUGAACUGCCAGAAGAGGAAUGGCGAGCGAUAGAACUUCCGAAGAUAGACGAGCCAUCAGCGCUUCUGCAAGCGAAGGAAGAGCAAAUAAGAAAGCUCGAGCAGGAGCUCGCACUAGUGCGCAAACUCAUAGCCGCGAAACGGGAAGUGCCAGAAAACGACGAAAACGUAGAUGUGCUGGGGACGGAUGUCGAUUCGAAUGGACCAAAACGGCAGAGAAUGGAGGUUGUAUGAUGCAUCACGCCGCGAGGGAUCCGGGCAUGUGAGAAGGCGUAUUCACGUGCAUAUUUUUGGCGGUGGUCGGCGUACAUGUGACGAAGUCUCGUUGUCAUUUUGCGAGAAUUCCUGAAAGACAGCCGACUAGGCUUUCAGAACGGCGAGCCCGGAAGAGACCACUUCUGAUGUCUGAUAGGAUAGACGGUGUCUUUUCAAAU